AUGGCUAAGCGGCCGGAGCAAUUCACGCUGCUCGUUGCCGUGUGGGUCUGCGACAUCGUCCUGUCCGACAAGGUCACUGACCACUACUACCUUCCGGUUCGCGCCAACCUACAGGACACCCGGGCGACCGACUCCGAGGGAGAUAUGUUCCUCGUGCUCAAGGCGCUCAUUCCCCAAUGGGAAGAGGCCGAAGCAAAGGGGAAUGCUAAAGCCAUCCCGAACGUCGGCGAGCGCUUCGAAGCGUUCGUUCAGCGACAUCUCGGCCGAUCCGGUCGAAAACAGCAAGCGAUAUUUGCAGCUGUUCAAGAGCCCAAAGUGGGUUAA